UUAUGUCACGCUUCGUUCGCCGCAGAGACGGAGCUUACGAGCCGUUCUUACAAAAUUUUCCAACUCAAAUGCUCUGUUUUUUUUUUGACAGCCUGUUCCAUGUUGGUCACGGCCGUAUUAUUCAAUUUACAACUAACUCCAACUCACUUCCAUCUCAAACCCUCACAAUCUCCUCGUCAUUCCAUCAUUUGGUUGAGGACAAUUUCGUAAUUCUACCUCCACACGUCAAACGCACUCUACAAACUACCUCACCGGAGCCGAGCCUCAAAGCCCCCCUUCCUUUUAUCACUUUCUCACCCAUAAACCUUCCAAAUUAACCAGAUCUACAAAAACAAACCCGUUGUUAGUAUUAUUUUUUUUUUGAAAUUUAUAAGAAAAAAAUUUGAAAAGGGAGAAAAGUAGGAAACCCUAGUUUUCUCGAUCCUUUUGGCGAUCUCUUCGAUUCGGUUUCGGUUCGAAUCGAGAACUUCAGGAAACACAACCGCGAUGGGCGAUUUCAAUCUAGCACUGGUAAUCGUAGCCAUAGUUGUGUGUAUCAUCGUCUUCCUCUUCAAUGUCUACCUUCUCGUCAACUAUCAGCACCCUGAUGACAAGAACCAGGCGUAUUUUCCCAAAUUCGUCGUCGUUUUGGGUCUCUCCGUCGCCGUCAUUUCCAUACUGAUGUUACCGGCCGACGUGGCGAAUCGGCAGGCUUGUCGCCACGCCAUAUACAAUGGCGCGUGCAGUCUCACCCUGCCGAUGAAGGAUCUGUGGCUCGCCGUGUACAUUGUCGAUGCCGUGCUCGUGUUCUUUGUUAUUCCCUUUGCUAUGUUCUACUACGAAGGGGACCAGGACAAGAGUAUUGCCAAACGGAUUAAAAGUGCAUUGUUGUGGGUAGGGACGACGGCCAUUGUUUGUGCUCUUGUGCUGGGCAUUUUAUACGGGCUGAUUGGAAAGGUGGACUUCACUGUCAGACACCUCUCUUCUACUACAACUUCCUUUCCUAGUUCAUGGCAGGAUUUCUCUAGUGGUCAGCAAUGUCUAAGUGGCUCUCACCAGUGUGCUGCGUAUUCUGCAAGUGCAUCCGCAGAGAAAACAUGGACUAUGCGUACAACCUUCCCGGAAUAUGUUGUUGCUCUUGCUACCAUUGUUGGAUCUGUGCUUUUUGCUAUAUUUGGAGGUGUUGGUAUUGCUUGUCUACCAUUGGGGCUCAUAUUUUCAUUCAUCCGGCGUCCAAAGGCUGUUAUUACUCGCUCUCAGUAUAUCAAGGAAGCAACUGAAUUGGGUAAGAAAGCAAGAGAACUGAAAAAGGCAACUGAUGCACUCCAUCAAGAAGAAAGAAGUGGCUCUAAGGGAAGAAAAUGGCGUAAAAAUGUGAAGGCAGUGGAGAAGGAGUUACUUCAGUUAGAAGAAGAUGUAAAGCUCCUAGAAGAGAUGUAUCCUCAAGGAGAGAAGGCUGAGACUUCUUGGGCUUUGACUGUUCUUGGGUACUUGGCAAAACUUGUGUUGGGUAUUUUAGGGUUGAUUGUUUCCAUUGCUUGGGUUGCUCAUAUCAUCAUAUAUUUGUUGAUCGACCCUCCUCUUUCUUCUUUCUUGAAUGAGGUUUUCAUCAAGCUGGAUGACAUUUGGGGUCUUUUGGGCACGGUAGCAUUUGCCUUCUUCUGCUUCUACCUCCUGCUUGCAGUCAUUGCAGGGGCAAUGAUGCUUGGCCUAAGACUAGUUUUCAUUACUAUUCAUCCCAUGAAGUGGGGGGCGACUCUUAUGAACUCAUUUUUGUUUAAUGUGGGACUUAUUCUGCUUUGCUCCAUCAGUGUUAUCCAGUUCUGCUCCACGGCAUUUGCAUACUAUGCUCAGGCAACUGCAGCCCAGGAAAUUUUUGGUCACACAUUGGAAUCUCUUCGUGGAAUUAAAUAUUUAUACAAGUACAAUGUGUUUCAAAUUGCAUUUGUUGUUCUAGCAGGAUUGACCUUAGUGUAUUAUUCUAUAUUUGGAUGGAGAAGAAGAAAACCUAGCGGCAGGUUCCAACUUUCCUCUUAAGGAAUGUUUGCCUGGAACAGCAUGCACACACCCACCCACCUGGAGCCAUUGGAAAUCUUAUAUUUAACAUAUCUUUUGGGAGUGACUUUUGUCGUUGGAUGUGUCUGGCCUGGUUUUGUUCUUGGUUGAAAAGUGUAGAGGAGAUAGGCGGAUACCAUCGGAGCCGACUAUGGGUUACUGCAGCGGGAAAAAUGCUGGUGAUGCCUCUGUUGUUUAUGCUUGUGUUUUUUCUACCACCCCCUCCUUUUGUAUGUAUUAUUCCUUUGAUUUUUGUUACACCUUUGACUUGGGCAUGUAACUGAGAUAUCCCCUGCACAUUGGGUUUUCUGGCAGGUAUCCUUCUUGUAAUAUAAACUUUUGAGAUUGAGAAAAAAAAAAAAAAAAAAAAGUUGUACGACUAACCAUUUGGUUUGAUGUAUUUGUGGGCUGCACAUGGAUCUCUAAAAGUAAAAAAUUCUCAUUAAAUAUAUCAUACUUUUUAUAA